CUUUUUUUUUGCUCCCAAGGCAGGGGGGGUGGUGUUUCACCAGCUGACUAAUCGGACUAGUCUACUCACCAGAACGGUCGCUCCGGUGUAACGCCGUGCAUUCACAAGCUCGUGAUGACUUGAUUGAGUGGCGCGCGGGGUUCGAGGAGGAGGGUGGUGGGGCAGCUACUGUCGCCGGUGACACCGCCAUCGGCUGGUUCGCACCGAGCGUCGAGGGGCUCCUGGACGUUUAAACGCCGGUCCGGCAGCGGGAUUCUGUCUGCGUCCGGCAUAGCGGCUAGGGUCGCAGCCCGGCGGCAGGCGGCGCUCCAGCUUGAUUUCUCAGGGGCUGAUGCUAGACAACCAAUCGUUUUAAGUGACGAUGGGACCGAUGUGGAUGACGAGGCCCACACCCCCCCUAGUGACCCCGAGGAGUUGGAUGAUACGGAGCCGGUGCAUCCCCGUUCUCCCAGAUUGAGACGCGGGGGAGGCCGGGUGAGCUUGUACGGCUGCUCACUGGAUUAUCGACAAAGCAGAGGAAGGAUGUUAUUUCUAUUGGCAUGGGGGGGUUUCUAGGCCUCCGGGUUGAGGCUUUACCCUUGCGUCUAGGCCAUUGGUUGGUAAGCAACUUCAACCCUGCACAAAUGGCCAUAAAGUUGAGCAACGGGAGGUUCCUACGCAUCACGGAGGAAGGCGUGGCAGCUGUGCUGGACCUCCCGAAUGGAUCCGUUACGAUGACCGAACGGGAUUGCCAUAUGGUUGGUCCAGACUUGCUUGCAUGGCGGUGUAAGGUUAAGAAGCGUAACGGUAAUAUCACGGUGCACGCGCUGGCCACGCUGGCGUUAAGUCUCAAAGAAGGUGGGGUGUGGUUCAAACGCCAUUUCUGUCUGGUAGUGGCGAGCACUUUGGUAGCGAGCACACCCAACGGCUAUGCCAACCAGAAGACCGUACACAUGUUUAAGGAUGUGAGGAUGAUCAAGGAUCUUGAUUGGUGUGGUUAUCUUCUAAGCUCGCUGGUAAAUACCCAUGAUAGCUGGUCCCAGAACACCGCAAGGAAAUUCACGGGCCCGUUGUUGUUCUUGACUUUGUUAUAUGUUGACAGGGUCGAAGUCGGCGAGCGGAAUGUGCCGAGGGCCAACCCGGCCUCACACGGAUGGACUAAAAGGGCGUUGGAUGCAUGGGAGCAACAGGAGGUUGAUGCGGGGGGGUUCGGGUACGGGCGGUUGGAGGAACCGUUUUGGACACCAGCCGCGCGUCCCGCGCGUCGUAGCUCCGUGGAACAGACACGGUAUGGCCGGGCUGAUAGCAGACCACAACCAGUGCACCAAGAUCACACACCAGGUGUUAGCAUGAUCAGCGCAGCGUCCCGUGCUCCAACGGUCCCAAGCUCUAUAGGGGAUACCACGGGCAGCCGUGGCGCUACAGGGGACCACCCGGUGCACCAUGGCCUCAUUCCGGCUACAGACAAGGGGUUUGGCUGUGAACUAGAUUCCAUGAUUGCUGACCUCCGUAUAGUAGCCUCACGCGUUGCAAAUAAGGUUCGCGAAGACCCCAGACAGGCCCAGGGACGCCAGUGUUUCCACCACCUCGGCGGGGUCGCCAGUUUAAUCUCGGGUUUGAUACCGACCCCGGCUGAAGUGACCACCGCACCAGAGCACCAUGAAGACCCGUUCUGGCACUCCUCCCAGUUAUUCAGGGAGGUCAAUCGGGUUGAGGAGGCCGUCACGCGAGACCUAGCGACGCAGAGGGUGGUGGGUAUGCCGGUUGGCCAGGCAAAUGGAACCAUGCAAUCUCGACAGGGGGUGCAAGUCAGGGAGCCCAGUCCGGAAGGGGUUGAGCCACCGAGUUUUAGCCUAGGGAUGACACAAGAGUUGGCUGAAGUCGCACCCAAUCGGAUCCCUGAAGUGACCACCGCACCAGUCUUACCUCCAGAGCACCAUGAAGACCCGUUCUGGCACUCCUCCCAGUUAUUCAGGGAGGUCAAUCGGGUUGAGGAGGCCGUCACGCGAGACCUAACGACACAGAGGAUGGUGGGUAUGCCGGUUGGCCAGGCAAAUGGAACCAUGCAAUCUCGACAGGGGGUGCAAGUCAGGGAGCCCAGUCCGGAAGGGUUUGAGCCACCGAGUUUUAGCCUAGGGAUGACACAAGAGCUGGCAUCACAGAGGGUAGAGGAUAUGUCGGUUGGCUCGUUGAAUGUGGUGCAGGCGAGGGAGACGCGUCCAGAGAUGGAGGGGUUGACAGCUGGCCCGUCAAAUGCGGCCACACCACUUAUGCAGCGACAGCGGACGGGGGGGACCAUUACGCCGCAGCGGGGGUUGCGCACGCUGGCAUCAUUGAGGGUUGAGCGUAGGACGCAUGGCCUGUCAAAUGCUACCACACUGACUCCCCAGGUGCACCGCCCUGCUGUCCUGGAAUCGCCACCGCCGCGUGUGCCACUGGGCGGGAGGCCUGGAGCAGUCCACAAAGGAAAGAGCCCACUUGGGAAUGAGAGCGAACCGUUUUGCAUGGUUUUCAACGCCGCAAAGGGGUACCCCACGGCUCCCCUGCCACCCGUUUAUGUCGUCUGGAAGUGGCUUUUUGACUCACCGCACGGCGACCGCAAUGAAGUGUUGUUCCAGCAUGCGGACCGGAAAGCAAGAUGGGCGGACUUCAGCACACUCAAGGAGGGGUCAAACAUCUCUAAAGUGAUGGUCGAUGCCUGGUGCUUUGUACUCAAUACGAGGGAAAACUAUAGGAAACCCGGGGUAUCUUCACGCAUGUUUUUAACUCCAGCCACUACGAUUGGGACGGUGGUCGCUGCUACCUGCAACCGGAAUGAUAGACUAGCGUGGUUCACACGAAGACUUGAUAUAGAGGUGCAAGCUACCGACCAUGUGGGGAUCGCCACGCUCGACAUGUAUAUCUUCCCGAUUAUGCAUAACAGGCGGUUCUUCAUGAUCAGCAUCAGUUUCAAGCAUGGGACCUUUGACAUUAUUGACAGCGCUCCAGCGGUCAGCGAUAGCAUAGAGAUAUACGGACGCAUCCCGGGGGAAUUGCAUUACAGAGGGACCUCCUAGCUGCAUAUCUCGAGAGAAAACAACAGCCGGUGCGUGCACUACGUCUGAGGGACAUGCAACCUAAAAGGAUGAUGGUGGCAUGGGGAGAACCCACGGCCGGUGUAGAGUCAGCGGUAUAUACGAUGAGACACAUGGAGGAAUAUGUUGGUCAGAAAUCCACCACCUGGUAUUGCGGGCUACAAGCAGGGGGUGCGGCGCUGAUGCUCAACCUUCGCAAGCGUUUCCUGCACAACAUCAUCCUCAGCGCCGCAAAUGUCCACGUGCAAAAUAUUAUCGCACGUGUGGGGGAGUACGACCGCAUGAGGGCUGCACAGAUGCUCCAAUCAACGGCGCGCCAACCGUCCUAACAACUGCCUAGGGGGCAGCUCUGAAAAGCAAUAGUUAAUAAACUGGGACUUGAUUUUGGGUACAGGGAUGUUUCAGGUUGGGGCUAGUUCACUGUGACCGAUUGCAGUAGUCAACUAACUUAUCCUUUUUGCAAAAAUAAUCUGGGCAGGUGUGUAGUCUUGCUGUGCUAAAUAGGUGAUCUAUUUUGUUAUUUUGACAUUUGUUAUGUGAUUCGUGAUCUUGGUAGAUAUUAUGUUCUAUAUGAAAAUUGCAUCCGGUAUAUAAACUGUUUGAAUA